GUUCAGAGUCAACCCAGCCUUGUCCCAGGAGAGUAGGAACCUCAGGGAGCGAAGCGAGAGAGACAGACACUGAGAAAGGGAGAAAAGAAAAGAGAGGGACACAGAGAGAGAGAAAGAGAGUGAGGCAGGCCUAUCGGACCACCUGCUUGGGAUUCGCUGUCGUGAGACAGCGCCAUUCCGGCUAGAUGGAUUAGCCAAGAGAGCCGGCUCCCACCAGCUUUCUCUCUCCCCCCCCCCUCCCUCCACCCGUGCCCGUCCGUCCGCCCGCCCGGCGGCUCCUUCGUCUGUGGAGGCCCCCACCUGUGGUCUGCCUGCCGCAACACACCGCCCACGCUCGCGCUAGCGCUCUCUCCUUUCUCACCCCACCACCCGGCCUGGGGAAGGCUAGCACUGCGCUUUGUACCUAAGGAGCAGGACUUGGCUUUUUCUACGGUGCAUAUGUUUUGAGGAUAACAUCAGGCUGCCAAUCACAUAAUUACAGGCUGUGAAAGAGGGACGCUGUUUUCCCCCCUCUUUUGGUUGGGAUUUCAGUUGGAUUUGGAUUACUGAUUUUGGUAUGGGUAUCACCCUAUGAUUGCGUGAGCUCACAGGCAUCGAGCAGGAGCUUUGGGAUCCACAGAGCGAGUGCCAACCACACACCAUGGUUCCGCGCCACAGACAGCCUGCUCCCCUGGCCAGGAGGCCCACCUUGCUGCUCCCGCUGCUGCUGCUGCUGUUGCUCGGUUGGGCGACGGGACCUGCCCACGCAGACAGCAUGCCCAACUUCGUAAAGUCCCCUGAUGACCAGAUAGGUAUAUCUGGCGGAGUGGCGUCGUUCGUGUGCCAGGCGGUGGGCGAGCCCAAGCCCCGCAUCACAUGGAUGAAGAAGGGGAAGAAAGUCAGCUCUCAGCGCUUUGAGGUGAUUGAGUUUGACGACGGCUCAGGGUCAGUGUUGCGCAUCCAGCCCCUGCGCACGCACCGAGACGAGGCCAUCUACGAGUGCACGGCCACCAACAGCGCGGGUGAGAUCAACACCAGCGCCAAGCUCACCGUCUUAGAAGAGGACCAGAUUCCACAUGGCUUCCCCACCAUUGACAUGGGCCCCCAGCUGAAGGUGGUGGAGAGAACGCGCACGGCCACCAUGCUGUGCGCCGCCAGCGGAAACCCAGACCCGGAGAUCUCCUGGUUCAAAGACUUCCUGCCCGUCGACAUCACCGGCAGCAACGGACGUAUCAAGCAGCUCCGCUCAGGUGGUACGCCAAUCAGAGGAGCGUUGCAGAUCGAGAACAGUGAGGAGUCGGAUCAGGGCAAGUACGAGUGUGUGGCCAUGAACAGCGCAGGGACGCGCUACUCCGCCCCCGCCAACCUCUACGUGCGAGUGCGACGCGUUCCGCCUCGCUUCUCCAUUCCCCCCAACAACCACGAGGUGAUGCCUGGCGGCAGCGUCAACCUCACCUGUGUGGCGGUGGGCGCCCCGAUGCCCUUCGUCAAGUGGGUGACGGACGGGGUGGAGCUGACCAAGGAGGACGACAUGCCCGUCGGGCGCAACGUGCUGGAGCUCACCAACAUCCGCCAGUCAGCCAACUACACCUGCGUCGCCAUGUCCUCACUUGGCAUCAUCGAGACCACCGCACAGAUCACCGUCAAAGCCCUGCCCAAAUCCCCGAUGACGCUGCUCGUUACGGAAACCACCGCCACCAGCGUGACCCUGACGUGGGACUCGGGCAACCCGGAGCCCGUGUCCUACUACGUCAUCCAGUACCGGCCCAAGCAGUCGGAGAACAACUUCCAGGAGGUGGACGGCGUGGCGUCGACGCGCUACAGCAUCGGCGGCCUGAGCCCCUACUCGGAGUACGAGUUCCGCGUGAUGGCGGUGAACAACAUCGGGCGCGGGCCGCCCAGUGGUCCCGUGGACACGCGCACGAGCGAGCAGGCGCCGUCCUCGCCGCCGCUGCACGUGCAGGCGCGCAUGCUCAGCUCCAGCACCAUGCUGGUGCAGUGGAAGCCUCCGGAGGAACCCAACGGCCAGAUCCGCGGCUACCGCGUCUACUACACCGAGGACCUGCAGUCGCCGCUCAGCACCUGGCAGAAGCACAACACCGACUACUCGGAGCUGACCACCAUCUCGGGCCUCACGCCCGACAUCACCUACAGCCUGCGCGUGCUCGGAUUCACGUCCGUCGGAGACGGGCCGCCCUCGGACGUCCUGCAGGUCAAGACCCAGCAAGGAGUGCCAGCCCAGCCUGCAGGCUUCGAGGCGGAGGCAGAGCUGGACACACGCAUCAUGCUCACCUGGCUCUGGCCUGUCCAGGACCAGAUCAUCAAGUACGAGCUCACCUACUGGGAGGCCGACUCAGGAAACAAGCAACAUGUGGUCUUUGACCCUGCUGGUUCGUAUGCAGUGGAGGGCCUGAAGCCAGACACUCUGUACAAGUUCUCCCUGGCUGCCCGCUCCGAGAUGGGCCUGGGUGUCUACACACAGCCCAUAGAGGCUCGCACGGCUCAGUCAAAGUUUACCAAAAACUUUGGCGUGAAGGCUGUUAUGAAGAGCUCUGUGUUGCUGACAUGGGAAGUCCCGGAAACCUUUAAGUCUCAAGUGCCUUUCAAGAUCCUGUACAACCAGCAGAGCGUGGAGGUGCAGGGCCACCAGCGGAGGAAGCUGAUCACGCGGCUGCAGCCUGACACCGACUACUCGUUCGUGCUAAUGAGCCGGGGCAGCAGCGCUGGUGGGCUACAGCAGCAGGUGUCCAUCCGGACCGCGCCUGACCUGCUCAAGACCAAACCAGCGCGCCACACUGGUGACCAAGACGAGGGCGGCAAGCUCACGGUCACACUGCCUAAAGUCCAGAGCACCACUGUCAAGUGGUACUACAUUGUGGUUGUUCCUGUCACCACCGAUACACAGAGAUGGGAGAAUCCAGACGACAUCGACCUGGAUGAGCUCCUGGGAGCCAGCAGCACAGACCGCAACGGCGCAUGGAGGAGGCGGCGGCGGAGUACCCAAGACUUCCUGCGGCCGUACAUCGCAGCCAAGCUGGAGAGCCUCCCCGACACGUUCACUCUAGGGGACGAGAAGAGGUACAACGGCUUCCUCAACAAGCCCCUGCCCGGCGACCAGACGUACCGCUGCUUCGUGCUGGCAGCGCUUGGGGAAAGCGACUCGAAGACGUUUGCGGCGAGCCCGUUCUCUGAGCCGAUGGCGGUGAAGCCACCCAACGGGAUGUCCCGGACCUCGGAGGACCCCGAGAUGCUGUGGGUCAUGGGCCCCGUGCUGGCCGUGGUCCUCAUCAUCAUCAUCGUCAUUGCCAUCCUGCUCUUCAAGAGCAAACAGGAAAGGAAGCGCACGUCUCCCUCAACCAAAGACGAGCACUCUGCUGGGGUGAAAGACUGUCUGCUGGCUCAUUCCUCCGACCCUGUGGAGAUGAGAAGACUCAACUACCAGACACAAGGUUCCAGCGCCCCCAUCUGCCCGAAUACUCCAAGGAUGAGGGAGCACCCGCCCAUCUCCACAUGUGACCUGGCUGACCACAUCGAGAGACUGAAAGCCAACGAUAGCCUGCGCUUCUCCCAGGAGUAUGAGUCCAUUGAUCCUGGCCAGCAAUUCACCUGGGAGCACUCCAACCUGGAAGUCAACAAGCCAAAGAACCGCUAUGCAAAUGUCAUCGCCUACGACCACUCCAGAGUGAUCCUCACACCUGUGGAUGGGGUGCCCGGGAGCGACUACAUCAAUGCCAACUACAUUGACGGCUACCGCAAGCAGAACGCCUACAUCGCCACGCAGGGCCCGCUGCCUGAGACGCUCAGCGACUUCUGGAGGAUGGUGUGGGAGCAGCGCAGCAGCACCAUCGUCAUGAUGACACGCCUCGAGGAGAAGUCACGGGUGAAGUGUGACCAGUACUGGCCCAGCAGAGGGACAGAGACCUACGGCAUGAUCCAGGUCACCAUGUUGGACACCCUGGAACUGGCCACCUACAGCGUGCGCACCUUCGCCUUGUACAAGAAUGGCUCCAGUGAGAAGCGUGAGGUCCGGCAGUUCCAGUUCAUGGCGUGGCCGGACCAUGGCGUGCCCGAGUACCCCACCCCCAUCCUGGCCUUCCUGCGGCGCGUCAAGGCCUGCAACCCCCCAGACGCCGGGUCCAUGGUGGUCCACUGCAGUGCUGGUGUGGGUCGCACGGGCUGCUUCAUCGUGAUCGAGGCCAUGCUGGAGCGCAUGAAGCACGAGAAGUCAGUGGACAUCUACGGGCACGUGACGUGCAUGCGCUCCCAGCGCAACUACAUGGUGCAGACGGAGGACCAGUACAUCUUCAUCCACGAGGCCCUGCUGGAGGCAGCCACCUGCGGGCACACCGAGGUGCCCGCGCGCAACCUCUACGCCCACAUCCAGAAGCUCACGCAGGUGCCGCCUGGCGACACAGUCACCGCCAUGGAGCUGGAGUUCAAGAAGCUGGCCAACUCCAAAGCACAUACCUCAAGAUUCAUCAGUGCCAACCUGCCGUGCAACAAGUUCAAGAACCGGCUGGUCAACAUCAUGCCCUUCGAGUCCACUCGUGUCUGUCUGCAGCCCAUUCGCGGCGUGGAGGGCUCAGACUACAUCAAUGCCAGCUUCAUCGACGGAUACAGGCAGCAGAAGGCCUACAUCGCCACACAGGGCCCCCUUUCCGAGACCACUGAGGACUUCUGGAGAAUGCUGUGGGAGCAUAACUCCACCAUCGUGGUCAUGCUGACCAAACUGAGGGAAAUGGGCCGCGAGAAGUGCCAUCAGUACUGGCCAGCUGAGCGCUCAGCCCGCUACCAGUACUUCGUGGUGGACCCCAUGGCCGAAUACAACAUGCCCCAGUACAUCCUGAGGGAGUUCAAGGUCACAGAUGCCAGGGAUGGCCAGUCCAGGACUAUUCGCCAGUUCCAGUUCACUGAUUGGCCGGAACAGGGCGUGCCAAAAACUGGAGAGGGCUUCAUUGACUUCAUCGGCCAAGUGCACAAAACCAAGGAGCAGUUCGGCCAGGACGGACCAAUCACUGUGCACUGCAGUGCGGGUGUUGGGCGGACAGGCGUCUUUAUCACCCUGAGCAUCGUGCUGGAGAGGAUGAGAUACGAGGGCGUGGUGGACCUCUUCCAGACCGUGAAGACACUGCGCACCCAGAGACCAGCCAUGGUGCAGACAGAGGACCAGUAUCAGCUAUGUUACCGGGCAGCUCUGGAGUACCUGGGCAGCUUUGAUCACUAUGCAACGUAACCGCUUCCCCCUUCUACAACAGCGCCGGCUUGCCCCCUCUACCCACAUCCUCCUCCAGCCGGGCUUUGGAUCUUCUGGGCAACACAACACCCACCCACCCAGCCAGUUCUCUUCCGGAAACUUCUUCUUGGGGGGGGGUGGGGUGGAGUUGGGAGGAGUGGAAUAGGGAAUGGAUAUGAGGAGCACAGGUGAUUGUGGGGGUGGCAGGAGCCCCACCCCCACCCCCCUUUUCUUGGAGCAACUCCUAAGGACUGGCACAACAAACUUGCUUUAUCCUUUACCCCCCUACCCUCCCCCGUCACACACCAACACAACAAACAGACAGACCAGAAACAAAGCAAGCUCCCUUAAAAAUGAAAAGCCUAACCAGACAAAAAAAAAAGGUACCCAUUCUGAUGUCUCACAAUGCACAAUGGCUUCCCCUGUUCAUGCAUCCUGCUGAUCAUCGGCAUUGUUUAUGUUGCUCAAUAAUCCCUGCCAUUGCCUUUACUAUCAUAUUAUUAUUACUACAUAAUCUAGAUUUUAUCAUUAUUGUUUGUUAUUUUUAAUCAUUUACACUGGUUGUUGUAUGUAUGUAAGUCUAAGGGGUCUACUUUUUUCCAUGGUUAUUCAUAUUUGACUUUUUUGUAUGUUUUAUUUACUUUUUAAUUUUAUAGUCAUAGCACGGAGGGCAUGUGUUUUCGAUAUGCCCUGGCGUUACUAAUAUUAACAAACACAUACUCAGUGCUGCUACUGAUGAUUUCUUUAUCGUUAUCGUCAUUAUUAUAUUAUCACCUUCUGAUUAGCCACUCGCUCAUUCGCUCAUUCGUCUGGGGAAGGGGAACAACCUUUUAUAAGCCUUUUCAUCUCCUGAUACUUUAUAGAAUGAUUAUCUAUAUUAAAAAAAGAGAUCAAAUGCAUACAGUUAGCGGACUUACAUAAACUUAUUGUUAUAAAAGAAAAAACUAAAUAGACUAAUGAAUCUUGAGGACAAUGUCGUGUACAGAUUCGGGCAUCGCUCUCAAUAGCUGUAAACUGUGACUUUUUUUUUCUCUCUAUCUCUUUAUCUCUGUGAGCAAGUGUGUCGCUCGAAAGACCUCAUCACACACACUGAACGACAGAAGUUUUCUGAGACGGGGGUUUACGUCAUGUACCAGUGACGCCUCGCAUAAAUACAUUCUCAAUACAAACACACACGCCCCCAGGUCUUAUACUGGGAAGGAAAGGUUGACCAAAACCCCAAGGACCCAGAGAGAAAUCCCUCCCUGGGUUCUGACCCAAGGCAAGGGACCUGGACUCAUGUAUAGCGCUUAACCUCCUUCUACAGCUUCUGAAGAGUGUUUUUAUCUGGCCAAAACAGUAUCUCAAAUCAAUGUAUAUCGAUGAUGGCCUGUACCUUUGAUCGGAAACACCCUUAUUUUUUAUUUUAUUUUUUAUUUUUUAUUUGCGAUCAACGACCCUCAGAUUCACUGGUCUGGUUGUGGUGGAGGGACCGGACCGCCAUGGCCAGAUCAGGUCGUCCCUGACUCAUCGUCCACACGUGGUACUCCGCAACUGCCGUGCUCUCAUCUUGCCCCCAUUGAGGUACAGUACACAAAGGUUCUCCUACAGCCACUUAAGAACCGCAGCACUACAGUGGAUGAAGGAGCUCCACGUCCGGAAUCAAGAACCAAGCGGAACAUUCUUCCCUAGACCAGAAGACCGCAAAAAAAGAAAAGAAAAAGAAAAAGCUGUGGUAAAUUUGUUGUACGCGGGGAUCAACUGGGGGGCCAAGAAAAAUCAUUUCACUUUGUGUUUGCAUUGUGCCGUAGGGGUCCACUCUGUUGUACAUGCAGUCUGUUUUCUAUUUGUCAAUAUGAUGACAACCACAAUGACGAGAAAAAAACGGUGAGAAAAAAUGUUGCAAAUACCUUGAUGUUAAUAAAGUUGAAUAAAUGGGUUUUGUACAAAA